CAGUGAGAUACACGGUGGGUAGCGACUGUUGCUGCGAACCGCUGCCAUUUUGAUCUAAAACAGGAUCUAUAUUUCUUUGGUGAAAUAAUAACUAUAUAAUUUUAACUUGGAGAUAAAGGAGGUUUUAGCUUCCAGUUUUGAGGCAAAAUGCUUUCUGCAGCCCAGUUACUCGAUGAGUUGAUGGGCCGGGAUAGAAACUUGGCCCCGGACGAAAAACGAUGUAAUGUACGCUGGGACCACGAGACUACCUGUAAAUACUAUCUCUGUGGAUUUUGUCCUGCUGAGUUAUUCACAAACACCCGGUCUGAUUUGGGGCCCUGUGAAAAAAUCCAUGAUGAAAACCUUAGGAAAAUGUAUGAAAGAGCUCCCGUUCAUGAAGGAAGGCUAUGAGAGGGACUUCUUGCGCUACCUGCAAUCUCUCCUUGCUGAGGUGGAGAGGAGGAUCCGUAGAGGCCAUGCCCGCCUGGCCUUGUCGCAGGCCCAGCAGGCCGCAGGACAGGGGCCUGGUGGACCUGUGGGGAAGAAUGAGGAAAAAGCUCAGGUCCUGACAGAGAAGAUCGAGGACCUGGUCAUGCAGAUUGAGGAGCUGGGCUCUGAGGGAAGAGUGGAGGAGGCCCAGGGGAUGAUGAAACUUGUGGAACAGCUGAAGGAUGAGAGAGAGCUGCUCAGCUCUACCCCGUCGACAAUUGAGAGCUUUGCUGCCCAGGAAAAGCAGAUGGAAGUUUGUGAGGUGUGUGGGGCGUUCCUUAUCGUGGGCGAUGCGCAGUCCCGGGUGGAUGACCACCUGAUGGGCAAGCAGCACAUGGGCUACGCCAAGAUCAAGUCUACGGUGGAGGAGCUCAAGGAGAAACUACGUCGGCGAUCAGAAGAUCCUGUUGGAGAGGACAAAGGCGAGUUGGAAAGAAAGGACCGGGAGCGUGAGAGGGAAGAGAGGGAGAUGAAGCGCAAGCUGGAAGAGGAGGAGAAGGAAAAAGAGAAGGAGAAAGAGCGGGAGAGAGAGAGGGAAAAGGAGAGGGAGCGAGCGAAGGAGCGGGAGCGGGAGAGAGAAAGGGAGAAGAGAGGGAGAAGGAGCCACUCAAACAGCCGCCACUCAAGCCGAGCGUCAGACCGCAAGAAGAGUCGUUCUCGUGAACGCCGGCGGUCCAGAAGCAAAGAGAGGGAAAGGGAGCGCAAACGCAGCAGAAGCAGGGACAGGGAGAGAGAGAGGGAGAGGGAGAGGCGGCGCAGUCGGGAACGCUCCGACAGAAAACGGCGCUCCCGGAGCCGGGAAAGGAAGAGGUCCCGCAGCUCGGAACGCUCAGAGCGCAAGUCUCACCGCCACCGGAGCCGCAGUCGAGACAAGGAGAGGGAGAAGGAUAGGACGUCCAGAGACAAAGAGCGUAAGGAGCCAGAGGAGAGGAGGAGCAGCUCCAAGAUAGACAAAACGUCAGAUGAUGACAAGUCCUCCACUGCCGUGGUCAAGGCUGAGCCCAUGGGGACUGAGGGGUCCAAGGCCCCUGUCUCCGCUCUGGGCCUGGCACUGCUGGCCAAGGUCAAUGGGGCCGCGCAAGACGACCUCUAUUCUGAAGGUGACACUCAGUCCAAUUAAAACUGAUCUGAUAGGACCUCAGAUCAGGCUCAGGUAAGUGCGCCCGCCCCCGCCACCCUGGCUCUCAAAACACACACCCCUUUUCUUCCUUUCCAGUCUUCCCUGUCCCACCUCCUUCACCUUCUCCCCUUCCCCCUCGCUCCGUUUACUUUCAGUUCUAUUGCCUUUGAUUUGUAUGUUGUAUCUUUAUCCUGUUGUUUUCGAUAUAGUGCAUCGUAAGUAUGCACUGAAGAUGGAACUAGGCCGAUGAUGAGUGAGAAGAAGGUAGAAACAGAGGUGACAAAGCCAAGAGGGAAAGGCCAGUGUAGCCCUGAAAAACAUACCUGGAGGUACCCCUCAUUUUGUAUCGGUUAUACAUGCAUACCAUCAUAUUGUCUUUUGGACAAAAGAAUCUCUUCCAAAUUUGACUCCAAGUAUUUUUUUGUUCCUGUAUUACCUAAACUUCAACUGUUAUUUUUAUUUUUUUUAUUCUUCAGAGAUAGUGGCAGAAACCAUGUCUUACCUUUUUGAUUUGUUUAUUUCCAGAGCGCAUAUUGAAUAUAUGAAAUAGAUUUUGUCCAUAUGUGGACACAUUCAUACAAAUACAAUUUUCAAGCUACGGAAACGGAUCCACAUUUAUCUGACUUACUGAAUGCACUUUGAAAUCCUAUAUAUAUAUUUUUUUUUUGUACAAAUUUUUCUCCCACUGCCAUGGAUAUUGUGUUCUAUAUACAGCUGUCUUUGAUAUGCCUUGCAUUGUAUUGUAACACAGUGUAUGGGGCAGCAUUGGGGUGAUGAUGGAAGGGUAGGGGUUAAUGAAUGAUUGCAGCUGACCUUCAUACCUCACACAGCGUUGGUGUUGAGUGAGUGAGCGACCUCAUGAAAGAAAAAGGCAAAUUAAUAAACCACUCAAGGAUCAAACUGUCAAACUAUACAGGUACUCACCCAGGUACUCCUUUCUCUACCCACAUCCAUUUCUACUGAAUGCUGUUGCCUGUGAGCGUGCUACUUGUCGUGACAGGAGCUUGAUGUGUAUUGUUUCUGUUUGUCAUUAGUUUCUUUUCAAGUAGAGUCGCUUUUAAAAGAGAAAAGGGUUGUUUUUUUGUGCAGUAUUAUCAGGAAGUGAUGAUAAAUGGUACAGGUCAACCUUUUUGAUAUCCCUCAGCUGCCUAGUUUAAUUAGAUUUGAUACUUAAACCUGCCUUUCAAGAUGUUUUUGAAAUGAUAAAAUGUUUCACAUCGCUAUCACAUUACCAUUUAAAAGGUUUGUUUUCAAUUCACUCUAUGGCAAAGGGCAUAUCAAGUGGGUUAAAUUAUGUAAAACGGUGAAAACUUUAAAGCAGGGUUUUCUUUGCCUCCUUUGCUCCAGACUUAGCGUGAACAGCACAGUGUGCCCGUCAUCAUCCACUAACAUAAAAGAGUGGUUUUAGAAAUGGCUACCAAAGGCCAGGAUGUUCUCUGUCCCAAAAGUAAAUUCUUUCCAACGUUUUCUAGUUUGUUUCUAUUUUUCCACCUCAUUAGCACUGUCCCACAGUUCUGAGUUUAUAGAGGGAUUUCUGUGAGUGACAAGCCAAUCCGUCUGUAUGUAUAGUUGAUGAUGGCAGCGUGUGGCUGUUACGAGCUGUGAAACCAGGAUCUUUGCUAAUGUAUCACUUCUCUGGCCAUUUGUGCACCUCAGGGGACGCUGGCAAAUCUGGAGGAGGAUGAUAAUGAGAAAGAUGAAGAUUACCUGCCACCCCACCCCGAAACCUGUCUCUGCACUGCUUAACACAAGGUGAACCACAGAUGUAGUGGCUUAUACAAAAACAAAACCUAAAUCACAACAAGACUAAAUCUGUGUGUCAAAGUGGCCUCUGUUGUCCCUCUUGUUGUUUUUUGUUUGUUUGGAAGAUAUUUUUUAGAGCAGGACCAGAUCAAUUGCAUUCAGGUUUACAUUGUAUUUCUUUCCUUGAUUGUUUCUGAUAUGGAUGAACCUACGUAAUAGUGGCAGAGGUAGAACAGUACAUGAAGGCUUUUAUCUAUAUACAUUAUCUUCUGUUUUUCUUGCAUUUCUAGGGACAUAAAUAAAAAUACUUAUGGCUUGUAAUUGUUGGUAUGUCAGGUUUCAACUUAAUUUUGAUCUGUUUUUUUUUUGGUGGGGGGGGGUGUAAGUUAGAGAAUAAACACUGUUAGCCAGGAGAUAUUCUCUUGCUCUCUCUCUCGCUCUCUUCCUCUCCUACCUACCUGAUCUCCCACCCACUGACUAGCCUCUUACUUUAAAAUACAUUCAGAAAUCCGUUGAAAUCUCAAUCACAUUUCUCUAAGGCAAAUUUACCCUUUUCUGUUAUUUGUUUGGGGAGAUUCUGAUUUUUAAAACCUGUAUUUGUCUUGAUGAAUAAAAAGAUACAACUUCAAUUGUC